AUGGCAGAAUCAGUAGAUAACUUUAGUGAUUUACAAGAAUUAGGAAUAGAUAUAAGUGAUACUGAUACCUUAACUCUUUCAUUUAACAAGGCUGCCCGUCAAGUGCAAAAAUUAGUAACUACUUUGGAUAAUCAAAUAUUGCUCACUCUUUACGGCUAUUACAAACAAGGCACAGAAGGUACUUGUAAAAUACCUAGACCUAGUUGGUAUGAUCUUCGUGCAAAGUCAAAAUGGGAAGCUUGGAAUAAAUUGGGAAAUCUCUCUCAAGAAGAUGCUAAAAAGAAGUAUAUAGAAACUGUCAAAACUGUAGAUCCUACUUUUGAUGAAGAUAUUCAAGAAGCACCAUCUCAACAGUGGAUUAAAGUUUCUUCAAUGAUUGUUGACAAUGAUAUACCACAAUCAGACUUGACAAUUAUUGAUCACAUCAGAAAAAAUGAUAUAAAACAAGUAAAAACUUAUCUUGAAACAAACAAUCCAGAUUUUGUCAGUGAAGGGUUAUACUUAAUUCACUGGGCAGCUGAUGCGGGUAGUAUUGAUAUGCUGAAAACCAUUAUUGAUGCAGGAGCUGAUAUAAACAUCAAAGAUAGUGAUGGACAAACUGCUCUCCAUUAUGCUGCAAGCUGCGGUCACAUUGAAUGUGUAAAAUAUUUAUUGCAGAGUGGGGCUAAUAAAGAAGCGAAAGAUCAUGAUAACAGUACUCCAUCAGAUGUUGCUUUUAAUAUUGCAAUUAAAGAAUUGUUGAGUUAAACAGUAACAAUAUUGUUCAUAUCUUGUUUAUAAAUUUUAAUCAGUA